ACCCAAUAUAUUUGAAAGAGACAUAUUUGAGGUCACCCAUAUCUUUAUUUUGCCAUCAUACUCCUAUCUCCCUUACAUUUGCAUGUUCUCCUAUCAAAUCCCUUUAAGUUGUUCCAAAGUCGGCAUUUAAUGCUCAUUUUUCUUGCUUAAACUAUUUCUAUUAGUACGCGAUCUUCAUUCAAAUCCAGCCAACAAAAAUUUUCAUCUUCUUUGAAUCAGUACUUCAAACACAAGAGCUGACGGGAAAGUUCUUUUCAAAUGUCAAUCAACAAAAUCACUCUUCUUAUGAUGGUUUUCCUUCUAUUCCAUGCAUGUAACGCUCGCUCACUUGGUGUCCUCAACAAGAAUGAGGAGAAACCAAAUGUAGCUAGGGUUUCCAGUAGUCCAUCGGAUGUAAAAGUAAAACCCUCAUCAGCAGAGCCAAAUAGUCUCAAGGAAAAUGAAAAAGAUCAUCAGCUGAUGGAAGGCAGUAGUAGUAGUAAUUAUGGUGUUUCGGUUUCUUGGAGGAUUCAUCACCAGAAAAGGGAAGAUCCACCACCAGAGUUUAACUUGGAUUAUUUGCCAGCAAGAACACACCCUCCUGUCCACAAUUAAGAGGAAGUUGAUCAUUUUGUGAAUCUAACAUGCAUUUUGGAGGAUGUUUUUAUUUGAAAACCAGAUGAGUACAACAUUAACUAAUUGAGCCUUUUGAGCUCUUGGCCUUUUCAUUAUACAUUUUGAUGGCUGAUAUAUCCCCCUCAUGAACUCUUAUAAGUAACUAUUUCAUAUUAGACUACGUACCACUGCAGACUAUGUUCUAUGACUAAUGUAAAUUCUACUCUAUAAUGAAAAUUCGAGCAUGAGUACUUCAAUU